AUGGAUUACGCCUGCGGGGGCUCCAUCCUUGAUCAGAACACUAUUCUAACAGCAUCACACUGUGUGCAUGGUCGAAGAAGUGUGAUUUCUGCAGCUCGUGUAUCAGUACAUGUGGGACGAAUCCAUCUUAAGGAAGCAAGUGAAUACACGCAGACGCUUGGUGUGCAGGAAAUAAUACUUCAUCCGAGGUUUAGCAGAAACAGCUUCAACAAUGACAUUGCCCUAAUAAAACUGAGUUCCAACAUUACGAUGAACCAGUACGUGCAACCCGUCUGCCUGUGGACUAUGGACAACAAGCUAGAUUUGAUUGUGGGCCGAAACGGAACGAUCGUUGGAUUCGGCAAAAACGAGCAUGAUCUUGUAUCGGAUCAACUGAAACAGGCGUUGGUUGGUGUGGUCGAUCCGUUGACGUGCAUAAAAAGUGAUCGUACAGCAUUCGGAAUUGUUCUGACGUCGAACAUGUUUUGCGGCAAAGGGCAGAUGAGGGCGAGCGCGUGCAACGGAGAUAGUGGUGGCGGCAUGUUCUUUGAAAUCUCCGGUAAAUGGUUCGUGAGGGGCUUGGUGUCCUUUACUCCACUGCGUGGAAACACUGGACUGUGUGAUCCACUCAAGUACACGGCCUAUACCGAUGUGGCCCAGUACUUAGAAUGGAUUUCCCAGUACAUUGAUCAGCGAGUGCUAUCAUUCGAGAAUGACGUGCUGGACAUAGACUAUGCGGAGAAGCUACGACUGUUCAACUUCAAAACGUGCGGUGUGAAAUCCUCAACUGUUCUCAACGAUAGGGCUGGAUGGACACUGCCCUGGCUUGGUUUUGUCAAAGCUCCGAACGAAGCUAAGUUCAGAUGUAUUGUAACGCUCAUCAGCGAAUGGUACGCUGUCGGGCUAGCAGAUUGCUUUUCGAACGAUGGAGUUGAAGCUUUCGUUGUGCUAGGUAGCAAUCGGGAAUACCCCAAAGUGGAAUGUUUCUAUCGAAAUGAGUCGACCGUUUGUUCGCAUCCCUCACAGACACGUCGAAUUCAACGAGUUGUACGCCACCCAAAAUUCGGUACAAACAAUUUUGCGGACAAUAUCGCGUUGAUUGAGCUGCUGAGUCCAGCCGAUACAACCCAGCCGAAUGUAAAGCCCAUCUGCCUGCCUGUUACGCCCGAGCUUAGAACGAACGCAAAUACACACUUAUCGGUAGCGUCAUUUUCAACGGCAGAAUAUUCUACCAAAAACAUUCGCGUUGAUUAUGUGAACUCUGUGCAGUGUGCCGGACAGUACGCCGAACGGAAGAUUGAGUUGGUUCUGGAAAACAAACUGCUCUGUGCAGCAAUUGCGAGUAAGCAGGAUGACCAAAAUUGCAUUCCUCUGUUUCCAGGCGCAUCGCUCCAUGAAAUGAAGAUAUUCAACAAUUCGGAACGAUACUUUCUACGGGGAUACGAACUGAUUGGGCUGGCCUGUCGUUCGCAAGACCCGCCCGUUUACAACAAUAUCGAAGCGUAUAUCGACUGGAUACUGUACAACAUGCGGUACAACGAUCCGGAGGAAACUUCUGGAAUAGAAAGUUUACCAGAAAAUCAGUCGCUACAACUUCAAUGGAAGAAAAUGCAGCAGGAGCCAGGGAAUGAAAAGCUUCGUCUAUUCAACAUGAACACCUGCGGAAUACCGGAAUUCAUUAAUGGACCAGCAGGCCGAUUCAUCAUCUUUCCGUGGUUGGUUUCGAUAAUCCGAGCAGAGAACAUUUUAGGUUUCGACACUUUACCGCCCAUCGAUAGUGUAGGAGUGUUGAUAAGCGAACGGUACUUUCUGACAAACGCUCAUCUAGUGCAACAAAAGGCAUGGUGGCGUUCGGUUGUCCUUGGACAGUUUAACUAUAUAUUUCAGCAACGGUGUGCCGGCGACACUUGCUUUCGGGCAGUUGAGGCAGCAAUUCGGAGAAUAAUCGUUCAUCCGAACUAUGCCGAAGAUCCGCUCAGUUAUAAUAUCGCGCUGGUCGAACUUGCUGAACCGGCAAACCUUCUCAAUCCAAGCAUCAGACCCAUCUGCAUGCCAUUCCUCAGCGAACUGCAGAACCAAAAACCGAUUGAGGUAGUUGUUGCAUCGAAUGAGUUACAUGUUAUGAAAAUUAAACCACUGACGGUACUCCAUACAACCACCUGUCAACGGCAACUGGCACUGGAAGGGUUUCUGAUCUCAAAGCAAACCGUGCCCUGGUGUGCAGUUGAUGAGGAUAAUCGUAUACAGUCGCUACUGCUGAAUGCAGGUGCGCCACUGCAAGCCCGAUUGCAGUUCGAUGAGGAUCAGCGAGUUUUUCUGCGCGGCAUCAACCUACGCAACAAUCUUCCGAACGAGCUACCGUACCUACCAGAGCUGUUCACCAAUGUUGAUCGGUUUCUGGAAUGGAUUGUGGACAACAUGAAAGGCAAAGAGCCCAACGCACAAUCGAAGACCGAUUUGACCAAGGCCACGGAUAGGCGUAUCAAUUUGCCACCAAUACAGUACGCUUCCAAGAGAAAAAUGUUCAAUUUCAGCAACUGUGGAAUCAUGCCCUCUGCGAAUGAGUCGUCCAAUAGUUAUCCAACUAUCCCGUGGUUGGGUUUCUUGUAUUCUAAUGCGACCAAUAAAACACCGAAAAAAUGUGUAGUCACGCUAAUAAGCGAAUGGUAUGCUGUGAGUUUGGCGGCAUGUUUCAGCGACAAUAGUAAGGAACACUCUAUACUACUGGAUGGUAAAACUCGUUGGGGAUGCAUUCAAUCAGCAACAUGUCUAGACGAUCCUUCCAAAUGGAUACCAGUGCGCCAGGUCAUCAUCCACCCACAGUACGAUAGUGUUAAUCAUCGAAACGAUAUUGCGUUAAUUCAUCUUGCCAGAGCGUUGGAUACAUCUGACCCAAAUGUCAAACCGAUCUGUCUUCCCGUGCUGGACGAGGUACGCAGCUAUGAAACAUCCAGGUUGGCUACCAUUGAAGUAAACGCAGGAAGUGCUUACUUGAUCAAUCCCAACCCAGGUGAGCGGUACGUUGAAUCGUCCGAGUGUCAAAAACGUUGGAAUGAUUUGGCAGUCAACUUUGCGAUUGACAACAGCAAGAUAUGUUUUUCGUUUAAACUAUCACCAAACAAGCAAUGUUUCGGUUUGCUGAUUGGAUCGUCGCUGCAGACAAUUCAACAGACCAGUUCGGGCGAGAGACACUUUCUGCGAGGCAUACUUCAGAUCAAGCCAUUACUGUGUGAGCUACACUAUCCAGUAGUGUAUAUGGACACAGAGGGUCAUCUGGAUUGGAUAAUAGAUAAUAUGGAAGAGAUGGAAAAAGUUUCAAAUCCAUUUGGAUUGCCAUACGAUUUGAGGGAAACACUGUUAUUUUACUAAUCAACAUGCUAGGUUUAAUACACAACAAUUG